AUGGCGACUAGUCACAAUUUAGUAGCUUUUCUUCUGUUAGGAUUUGUAUUUAGCCCAUUUGUUAUUGGCCAGACAAUUGACUGUCAAAGACCUCCACAGCUUGUGGAUCCUUCACUUUGUUGCCGGGAUGGUGGUCGAGAUCAAAACGCUGAGAAAUGUGCUGAGCGAAUAAUGAGAACAGCAAACGGGCAGCCAAAUGUUGCACCACCUUCCUUAGAUGCGGCUACUUGCGUGGCUGAGUGCAUUCUAACCACCGCACAAUACAAACAGCACCCGACAACUCUCAACUUGGAUGUCAUACGUAAAGACUUAGCCAUGAAAUUCUCGAAUGACUCGGCAUAUGUGGAAGCGAUGACAUCUGCGUUUGCUAAAUGUGAGCCGCAGUCUCAGCGCAGAUUAGCGGCAAUUCAGCAACUAAAUCCGCAGCAACCCAAGUGCAGUCCUUUUGCGGCUAUUGUACUCGGCUGCACCUUCAUGGAAUACUUCAAGAAUUGUCCAGCGGAUCGUUGGACUCAAAGUGCCGAGUGUGAGCUGGCCAAGACUUAUGUCACGCAAUGCGGUUUGGGUGCUUAA